AUGGCUCGCCUAAGUGCGCAGGGCCCUGGUGCUGCCGAAGCUCAACAACCACCAGCACAAUCACUCAAUACCACGUCUGACAACACGAACGAGGAUUCAGUGCCUCCCUUUUUCAACACGACGUUCUCAACCCAUCGUGUGUCGCCUUUACAUGUUGGAAAAACAAGACUCACCAAGCAACGGCUUCAGAUUAUCGCCAGCCGUCUCCGCGACACCCUUGUUGGUGAUGUGGUUCGUGGCAUUCAGCUCAGAUUGGAAGCUAUAGACACAGCUGUAGGACAGGUCGGAUCUUUAAAAGGGGUACGGAUUGAGUGGUUUCGUGCGAGCUCUCUUUUAGGCGAGGAAGUCUUUGAAGAAGAUCUUGGAAUCCCACACGGCGACCAGAGCGACCUUCCAGACGAUCAGAAGCAAGGGCUGUGGAUCAGCGUAGAGCACGAAAAUGCUGCCUAUGCUGCGAUCCUUUUGCCUGGGUUGUCCGACUCCACAGGAAAAGGCACAGAGGACGAUCAGACCAAAUUCCUUCAUCUACCGCUGUUGUUGAUGCGUAUGCCUCAACAACUAAAGGCUGUCGUGGCCGACUGGCUAGCUGCCUCUUUCGAUUGUCGCGUUAGUCGAAUCACGUUGGGAACAAAGACGAUUCUUGGCGUUUGGGAAAGUUGGGUCGCGAGCAAUGGCCUCGAUAGUCAGGGCGCUGAUCUGACUGUGACACUUGCGUUCAACGCGCCUCUCCCGGCCAACGACAGUCCAACAACUCGCAUCGGGGGUCAAUCUCAAGAUGACAAAACUGAUACCCCAGGGCUUCGUUCAAUCGACAUUACAAUCGCCGCUCAAGAUCUUCGGCGCUUCGUGCGAGCUGGUGAAAAGAAGCAGGCCCCCGUUUCGCCCGUCUGGAAAGGAGAUGCCCGAGAACGUCGCAGACUUGCUGGAAGUAAUGGGGAUGAUGGAUGGGCUUGGCGAGAAAAAGACACUUCCGAGACAUGGCCUUUUACCGAAGCGUUGGCUAGCUAUCUACAUCACCACCUUGCACUCAAUCUCUUCCACCCAAGUGUGCAUGUUACCCAGACAUCUUGCUCUGGGUUUGUUCUCAGCCAAGGUCGAGUCAAAAUUCUGAUGUCUGGCGAGAUCAAUCCCAACCUGUCCCGUGCCGCUUGGUCAUUCGUGGCGCAACUGGGACAAAGAGUUAGAGGUGAGCAGCUGCCACAGAUAUUUUUGACACAAUUCGGUGGUUGA